GUGGCUCUGAGCGUACACGCGACAUGUCAACAAACACCAAAGUCACACAGAGUGAACCUGCGACUCAACAGAUGACAGCAUGAUCGUUUAUGUGCGGUUUAAUUCCAGCCAUGGGUUCCCGGUGGAGUUGGAGCAGGGUGCGAGUGUGUCUGAGCUGAAGGAGGCGGUGGGACGUUUUCAGGGUGUUCAGGCCGAUCAGCUGCGGGUCAUCUUUGCUGGACGAGAGCUCUGCAAUGAAUCCACACUUCAGGGCUGUGAUCUCCCGGAGCAGAGCACGGUUCAUGUGGUUCUGCCCCCGUCCACCUCUGCCCACCGCUCAGAGCUCGUCCAGCAGCGCAGACUGGGCAGCGGGAUGGAGAGCCUGACCCGACUCGACCUCAGCAGCUCCCGUCAGACUACCGCAUCUGAAGGCCUGGCCGUCCUCCUGGAGACUGAAGCAUCCAAACGGGAGGACACCGCUGGACACACAGGAGCCAAAGCCCACAGCAGUUUCUAUGUGUUUUGUAAGACGGUCUGCAAGGCCAUCCAGCCUGGAAAACUGCGUGUUCGGUGCAAAGACUGCAAACAAGGCACCCUGACUCUCAGCAGGGGGCCGUGCUGCUGGGACGACGUCCUUCUCCCAAACCGGAUUCAUGGAGUGUGUCAGUCACAAGGCUGUAAUGGCAGACUGGCGGAGUUCUACCUGAAAUGUGCUUCCCAUCCCACGUGUGAUAAUGACACUUCAGUGGCACUGGAUCUGAUAAUGCCCAACACACGCAGAGUGCCCUGCAUCGCCUGCACAGACAUCAUGACUCCAGUGCUGGUGUUCCAGUGUGCCGAGCGUCAUGUGAUCUGCUUGGAGUGUUUCCACCUGUACUGUGUGAGCAGACUCAACGAGCGGCAGUUCACCCAGGAGCCGCUGCUGGGUUACUCUCUGCCCUGCGCAGCUGGCUGUCCUGAUUCGCUCAUUAAAGAGGUUCAUCAUUUCCGUGUCCUGGGAGAAGAGCAGUAUGAGCGCUACCAGCGGUAUGCGGCGGAGGAGUGUGUUCUUCAGAUGGGAGGCGUUCUGUGUCCUGCUCCGGGAUGUGGUGCUGGUCUGCUCCCUGCGGAUGAAGAGCGGAGAGUCUGCUGUGAGCCGGGGAAUAAUGGACUCGGCUGUGGGUUUGUGUUUUGCAGGGACUGUAAAGACGAGUAUCACGAGGGUCCCUGCAGACACACGACCAGCACAGCAUCAGGAGGAGCCCUGCAGGGUUAUGUUGUAGAUGAAGAAGCGGCUCUUCGUGCUCGAUGGGAACAGGCUUCACAGGAGACCAUCACCAAAACCACUCACCCCUGCCCCAAAUGCCAGGUUCCUGUGGAGAAAAAUGGUGGCUGUAUGCACAUGGUGUGUCCGCGUCCGCAGUGUAAGUUCGAGUGGUGCUGGCUGUGUCGCGUGGAGUGGAACAGGGACUGUAUGGGAAACCAUUGGUUUGAAUGAGACGGAUUUGCUCUGACAGAUGAAACUCAGGAAAUAAAGCCAACGGAAAGCUGGCAGAAGACUUUCAGAUCAUUAGCAUGUCAAGUCAUUAUCCAACCCAGGCUCAUUCUGAUUACGCGCCCCGAUAUACAUUUCUAGAGAGCGGCAAAAAACAUCCCAGGAGCUACUUUUUUUAGCAGUUUUCGCGAAUCCAACAGAGGCUGCUGUGUAUGCUUUUUCAGAUCUCGGAUUUCUCUCGCGAGUGCCAUUUGCACCUGCUGUUCAUGUGUAAAUCCACCAGAGGCCGCUGUCCACUGACUGACUGACUGACCAACUGAUCCCGCUACCCACACCCUUCCCUAAACCAAAACGAUAGUGUUUUUAAAAUCAAUCCAGAAUAAGAAAAGCCUUCGUGGCAGCUUGUUUUUUUUCCACAUUUUCA